AUCGCAAUUGCACAGCCUCCAACACUUCAGGCGCAACACAGCACGAACGGGCAAAGGAGAUCACAAGAGAUUGCCUUGAGUUGACACAAACACUCUUUCUCCUACGGUCCAUAUUAAGAUCACUCUGACUCGAACGCUCGCCCAAUCCCUGGAUAUGACUUGGCCUCGCACCGCGUCCUCGACAUCAUACCACGGAGGUCAGGGUUGGCAAACACGAGAUCCGAGUUUACCGUGCCGAGUCGUUAAACCUUUGAUAUGAUGAAUCAAUCCAUCUAUCUCAACCUGUAUCCUAAAGAGCUUUGUACGACAUCACGACUCCCUUUACUCGACUAAACGCACCAGACCUCCUGGUCACAAGACCAGCACUUUCAAGUAUCACCAUGUCACAUUCAGCACCACAUUCGCCUGCUCGACACCAAGACUCCGAUGCGGACUCUAGUGUUUCAGCCUCAAGGCCUUCGCCGAAUAAAUUAAUGCGACUACUCGAAUUGAGCGCGGAGAGGGCAUCAUCGCUACCACCUCGACGAUUGUCGUCGCCCGUGAAGAACAUUCCGCAGAUCCGCCCUCGUUUAAACGAAUAUUACACUUUCGACCAUGCUGUUCAACUUUUCAGACGCUCCAGGAACAUUAUUGUUCUGAGUGGGGCAGGAAUCUCGACCUCUCUAGGGGUUCCGGACUUCCGCUCGACGAAUGGCGUCUACAAUUUACUGGUGGACUCGAAGUAUGACGACCCCCAAGAAUUGUUUCACAUUGACAACUUCAAGACGGAUCCAGGCGAGUUCUUUAAACAGGCUGCAAAGGUCUUCCCUAGAAUGCAAGGCCUCGUACCAGCCAAUGGGGCCGACAAAGACAGCGCUUCAUCUGAGGCUCCUUUGGUUCCCAAGUACAGUGCGACCCACGCCUUUCUCGCCUUGCUUCAAGCUAAAGGAAAGCUUCUCACCAAUUACACUCAAAACAUUGACGGCUUGGAGACAGCAGCUGGUGUGACGACAGACAAACUCAUCCAAUGUCACGGGACGUUGUCCACCGCGUCGUGUAUGAGUUGUGGGAAGGCGAUAUCGGCCAGAAAAUACAUGGCCGUUGUACGCCAAGGCAACAUUCCUUUUUGUAAAUGUUCACUUGACGUUGAUAAAAAGGCGACGAAGCAAAGAGGGCGAAGCGGGAAAAGAAAAAGAAAACGAGACGAACUUGAAGAUUCUGACUCUGACAUGGAAGAGAGUCGGAGACCUUUUCCCAAGGGUUUACUCAAGCCAGACAUGACUUUUUUCGGGGAACACAUAUCGCAGUCUUACGCUCCCAGGCUGAACAUCGAUAAGACGAAAGUGGACCUGCUCGUUAUCAUCGGCACAUCCCUAAAAGUCGCUCCGGUAAACGAAAUGCUCCUUGCCAUACCACCCAAUGUACCACAGAUCUGGAUCAGCAAGGACCGGUGCCAACGAGAAGGUGUCAAGGUUGAUAUCGAACUCUUGGGCGAAUGUGACUUGAUCAUUGGGGAAAUUGCCCGACGGGCCGGGUGGACGGCGGCUUUGGAAAAGCGAUUAUGGAGUCCUCAAGCCGUGAAGAAUGUUCAAAUUCCCUCUACCAAGAUCAAGACACCUCGGACGGAGACGGAGCAGAGAGGUUCGAACCCAGACAAAGUCGAAGAGGGUUUGCAGAUUCGUAGCAAACCGGAGCACGCGUCCGAGGUACCAACCCCUACAGUUGAUAAGCCACUCAUCAAGGUCAACGAUGAAGUGGUCACCGCUGUCGACCUUGACUCUGGUCAAAAGGCAUUGGUGGAAAGCUCCGAGAGUCAGACGAAGUCGAGUCAGCCUUCUCUUUCAGCCACGUCGACUUCGACAACAAAGUCGGACGAGCAGAGUGGCAAAGCAGACCAACUGAUACUCAAGCCGCCACUUCCACCGUCCAAGGUGAAGAUUGAGCUUGAACUGGGCCAGAGGUCGAGGUGGUAUGUCCGAAGAGCGAGAUGAUCUCUGUGUUGUAUUCGUCAGGGGACUGAGAGUUUGUCGGUUUUUUUUGUCGUUCACAUUUUCACCUGAGAAGGAAUUAUGUAUUAGUUACUGCGUCAGACAUCAUUCACGUGUAUGAUUCAAGAGGCAAGGAGAUUUGGCAAAUGACGCUCGCACGAAUACGGGUUCGCAAGGAUGAUGUUGUAAACAACUAAGCUGUUGGGUAUCACCAUUGGUCCUCUGCACAGAGUAUCACACGUGUCAAGGAGGUCGGAUUUCAAGGGAGUGUAGGAAUUGGAUGGGCGUUGAACACCAUGCCUGGAAUAAGUCGAGCAACCUCGAAAUUGAUCCGUCGACAAUGGCGACCUUUGGACACUCUGUAUGUAUGAAAACAACGUCAAAAACAAUCAAAUGAGAAAAUAAACAUGAGUUCCGUG